UUUGUGACCCGACGUGUGCUUACCCGCCGGCAGUUCCCUUUGUAGCUCUCCUCACCACCGGGGCCUCUGAAUAUCUGGGGGUUAAAUGGUGGCGAGUUGUACACAUACCGCCCAAGGUUAAGAUGAAUGCUGAUGGUAGCCCCUUUGAAGAACAAGAUUAUUCCAACACGAAAUGCUGCAAAGAAAGCUAGCUCGAGUUUCUCUAGCCAACUGGACGACUCUCCUGUAAACUCCGAGGACGAAUAUGAACGGCCGUCGCGACAGCGAGGAGGUACAGGACGAGGAAGGGGAAGAGAAAGAGGCAGCGGAAGUCGAAGAGGUCGCGGAAAAUCUACUCGGUCCACGUCGUUUCACAAGGCAAGCCGUUCAAAGGCGGCCUCGACAAGGUCUUUGUCGUCAGUGAGCAGGCUUUCCACCUCGUUCGAGAUGCCAUGGUCUCUCGAUGGCCUUGGAAAUUAUGUAUGGGUUCUUGUCAGUAGUGCAGGAAGCGUCUUUCAGGAGGAAGAUGAAAAGGAAUAUAUCUGGUGGCCAGCAAAGAAGCAUCGCUUAAUAGGACAUCAACUCACACUGAUACCCUUCGGCAACCUUAAUCCGCCGGACGCGCAUCUGUCGUAUUGGCCUGCCAAGGUCUUGGAGUAUGUCCCGCCCGUUUCGAGAAACCAAAAAGCGGGAAAGUACAAGGUUUUAUAUCUCGAUGGAGCGAUGCAGACAAUUCUGAGGACAUGGUUCAAGUGUCUGGGCGAUGAAGAGUUUGGCACAUGCAAGCUCGGGGAAUUCGAAAGCACCGCAAUUAACAAUGAUCCUAAUAAUAACGACGAUGACUCCAUGAUGGGCCAACCACACGAUAGAGAACCUAGUCCUGUCCCCUCUAUUCCACCGCCUUCUUCCUCUGACUUUAUCUACCUCUCGAUACGCGAACAAUUCUGCUAUACCAAACCCGCGCAUGUCAUGUUCAUGGCGGGAGGGAAGGCUAGGAAAAUCCUCAACCAGAAUGCAGGAGAGAGAGGGACAGUGAUACCCAAUGAUGUUGAGAGAUUGAUGCAUUCUCUCCUCCCUUGGGUCCUACGAGACGAGAUGGUAGCGAGGAGGAUAACAGAUGACAGAGUUGAGGAGACGGCACCUGAUGAUGCUGCGACCCCGCAAAACACUGCAGAAGUUGUCAGUGGAGCAACUCGUGAUACAGGUACAACCGUUAAUAGUGUCGCCAAUGGUGUACCCCACAAUGUCGAUGGCGACAGAACACCGAUAGUAGGUCAUGAAGUGGAAGCAGAAGCGUCGAUCUCACAAGCAGAAGGAGAGUCUCCUACAUCUCCCUCGACUUUCCCUGUUAGUGUGCAAGAGGGCGAGGUACCGUCAACGUCUUCACAGCCGGCUUCUGAAGCACCCACAGUCAGGGUAAGCGAUGCAAUGCUCGGUGUCAGACCUGUUACCCAUGUGCCUAGGCUAAGUCUCCAGGAACUGUUGCUGAGCCCUUCGUUCCAUCGCCAUCGGAAGAGCCCCCGCAGUCAUCCUUGCACCUUCGGUCAAGGAUGUCGACAUGGAGGUCAGGACCUGAGGAGGACCUGGAAGGCAGACAAACACCGCGUCUUGACAGUUCCCAGCACUGAACUCAAAUCGAGGACCGUCAGAUAA